UGACUAUACAAUAUUCAUUAGUUAGUUUUGCAAUAAGUGAAUUAAUUUAGCUAAUUUUAAUGAAGUUUAUUUUUUAUAUGGAUGAGAAGAAGUUGAAAAGAAGUUAUUUAUUUGAUAUGGUGUCAAGAGGUUGUUUGCAUCCAGCUUAUUGAUUCUGCUACAUUUUGAGAACAAUUCAUAAAGACAUAAGCAAAAAAGUAUUUUGUGGAAGCAAGUUAUAUGAUGCGUGAGGCCUACAAGGAAUACUUUGGAAACAAUGUAUUAAAAGGAAUACAGUCGCGGACCAAGACAAACUUUGGGCGACACAUUUCACAUGCGAAUAUUUCAAAAAAGUAUUUGAAGGUGUUCAACGUGAAAAAUUACUAAGUGAAGUUCAUCGCUACUUUUUAGAAGAUACAAAAAGGUCGACCAUAGUAUUAUAUGGAAUGUCGGGUGUUGGAAAGACACAGAUAGCCAAAAGAUAUUGCAAAAUAUAUCAUACCUUCUAUAAGAACUUUGUUUGGAUAGACGCAACAUUUGGAAAGUUACAGACUUCAGUUAAAAACCACUGUCAAAUAUUAGAACUUAUCAUUUAUGAUACGAAAGGGGAUUACUUUAAUAUAGAGGUUAUUGUUGAAAAAAUUCACAACUAUUACAAAAAUGAAAAAACUUUGUAUGUUUUUGACAAUGUCGAUGAUGAAAGUGUUAAAAGUUUGAAAAUGUACAUUUCAAGGAAACCGAAUUCUUUUACAAUAAUUACCUCUCAAUGGAGAACCUGGUCAAACAAAGUUAAUAAGAUGUUUAUUGAUGUUUUUUCUCCUGAAGAUGCCUUCACUUAUGUAAAAAAUAAUUGUAAAGAAUAUACCAAUAAAAAGAUUAGAAACUUAAUUAAAGAACUUGGUUAUCAUCCGUUUGCGAUAACUCAAGCAAUAAAAUAUAUAAAUAUACAUAAAAUUUCUAUAGAAAAGUAUAUAGAUCGAUAUAGAAGCAAUCCCUUAGAAAUAUUAAACACUGAUUUCUUUCCAACUGAAGAUGAAUCAAAGUCUGCAAUAAAAGCAAUCAAUUUAGUUUUAAUAAAAUUAGAAAAAACUAAAGUUAUUCCAUUUAAAAUAGUUAACUGUUUAUCUCAUUGCGACGGUCAAAAUAUCAGCAAAACAUUUAUAAUCCAAAUCUUAAAUCAAAUAAAAAUAAGCGAAGAACAUAUUAUUGAUGAAACAAUUGGAUUACUGUUAAGUUAUUCUUUACUGAAUUGUUAUGAUGAUGAAAAAUAUUCAAUGCACGAACUGACACAGUUGACGUGUAAAUGUUUUCAAAGUAGAAAUUCGAGUACAAUUACAUAUUUUGAUCUAAUCAAAAAGUGUUUUAAAUUUGAGUUAAACGAAGUAAAAGAUCACGCGGAUUUCGGAAAUCAUUUUGUUUUUCAUUUUCUCCAUAUGUUCCGUAAUAAUAGAAAGAUAAUGUCAAAAACCUUCCACCAUAUGACAACUUCUAUUAAAAAGUUUUUAGUAUGUAAAGGUUUAUUUGAAGAAGCAAUCGAAAUUUUGAAAGCUGUUCAAAGUUUUAAUGCAGAAAAUUAUAGAGAAAUUAACGAACUUACGAAUAAUAUACAAUAUAAUAUUGCAGACUGUUUGUACGAAAUGGGAAAAUACAUUGAAGCUUUAGAAAUAUUUGAAUCUGUUGAUAAAAUUCAAACUGAAAGUUUAGGUAUUAACGAUCCAUCUACAAUGGAAACAAAACAAAAUAUAGCUUUAUGUUUAAACUCAGUCGGAAAUUUCAGCAAAGCUUUAGAUAUUUUGAAAUAUGUUGAUAAAUCACAAACUGAAAUUUUAGGUAAUAACCAUCCAAAUACAAAUAAAACAAAACAUAGAAUUGCAUGCUGUUUAAGCAGUAUGGGAAAAUAUAAUGAAGCUUUGGAAAUUUAUUCUUCUAUUGAUAAAAUACAAACUAAAACUUUAGGUAAAAACCAUCCAGAUUCAAUAAAAAUAAAACAUUGUUUCGCAAAUUGUCUGAACAAUAUGGGGAAAUAUAACGAAGCUUUACAAAUUAAUUAUUCUGUCAAUAUAUUAGAAACUGAAAUUUUAGGUACCAACCAUCCAGAGACAAUGAAAACAAGACAUAAUAUCGCAAACUGUUUGAGUAAUAUGGGAAAGUAUAAAGAAGCUAUAAAAAUAUAUUAUUCUGUUGAUGAAAUAAAAAUAAAGAUUUUAGGUAUUAACCAUCCAGAUACAAUGAGAACAAAGCAUGGUAUCGCAAGCUGUUUAAAAAAUAUGGGAAAUUAUAACGAAGCUAUAGAACUUUUAUAUUCUGUUGAUAAAAUACAAACUGAAAGUUUAGGUAUCAAACAUCCAGAUACAUUGACAACAAAAUAUAAUAUUGCAAGCUGUCUGGACAUUAUGGGAAAAUAUAACGAAGCUUUAGAAAUUUAUUAUUCUGUUGAUGAAAUACAACUUAUACUUUUCGGUAUAUACCAUCCAGAUACAAUGAGAACAAAACAUAAUAUCGCGCUCUGUUUAAGCAAUAUGGGAAAAUAUAAAGAUGCUUUUGAAAUAUUUUGUUCUGUUGAUAAAAUGCAAACUGAGGUUUUAGGUAUCAACCAUCCAGAUACAAUGACAACAAAACAUAAUAUCGCAAACUGUUUGAACAAAAUGGGAAAAUUUGAAAAUGCUUUAGAAAUUUAUUAUUUUGUUGAUAAAGAACAGACUAAGCUUUUAGGUAUUAACCAUCCAGAUACAAUGAAAAUAAAAAAUAAUAUCGCAAGCUGUUUGAACAAUAUGGGAAAAUAUAACGAAGCUUUGCAAAUUUAUUACUCCGUUGAGAAAAUUAUAACUGAAACUUUAGGUAUCAACCAUCCAUACACAUGGACAACAAAAAAUAAUAUUGCAAACUGUUUGAGUAAUAUGGGAAAAUACAACGAUGGUUUAAAACUAUUAUAUUCUGUUGAUAAAAUACGAACGGAAAGUUUAGGUAUUAAUCAUCCAGAUACAAUGAAAACAAAGCAUAAAAUUGCGAACUGUUUGAACAAGAUAGGAAAAAAUAACGAAGCUUUAGAAAUUUAUUAUUCUGUUGAUAAAAUACAAACUAAACAUUUAGGUAUCAACCAUCCAGAUACGUUGAAAACAAAACAUAAUAUUGCACUCUGUUUGAGCAAUAUGGGAAAAUAUAAAGAUGCUUUUGAAAUAUUUUGUUCUGUUGAUAAAAUACAAACUGAGAUUUUAGGUAUUAAUCAUCCAGAUACAAUGACAUCAAAACAUAAUAUUGCAAACUGUUUGAACAAAACGGGAAAAUUUGACAAUGCUUUAGAAAUUUAUUAUUCUGUUGAUAAAGAGCAAACUAAACUACUAGGUAUCAACCAUCCAGAUACAAUGAAAAUAAAAAACAAUAUUGCUUGCUGUUUGGAAAAAAUGGGAAAAUAUAACGAAGCUUUAGAAAUUUUUUAUUCUGUUGAUAAAAUACGAACUGAAAUUUUAGGUACCAACAACCAAGAUACAAUGAAAACAAAACGUAAUAUCGCGGUCUGCUUGUAUCUCAUGAGAAAAUUUAAAAAAGCUUUAGAAAUUUUUUAUUCUGUUAAUAAAAUACAAACUGAAAUUUUAGGUUUAAACCAUGCAGAUACAAUGCUAACCAAAAGAUAUAUUGCAAUCUGUUUGAUUCAUUUGAAUAAACGGCAAAAUAGCUUUUUUAAUGAAUAAAUUUUUUAUUCUAUAUA